AUGGUCCUCAACAAGGACGAACCACUCGAACGCUACUCUUUCUGCAUCAAGAUGCACUUCACCUUCGCUCUCGCCCUCCUUGCCACCCCCACUCUCGUUACCGCGACACUGGAUCCGGCCAGCUCCAACACUAAUGGAAAGUGUCCGAGCACUUAUAACUGCGACGUGACCAAAGUAUCCACAGCCAUCCAGGCUGCUGAAUGCUCGCACAACACCCGAACCUCUGAGACACAGACCUUUGCCGUCUUCGUGACCGACCAUCAGUACGACGGUAAUAAUGGCUACCCUUACGGGACCUGUUCGGCCUACACGUGCGACCCGCCCACCUUGGACCAAAUGGAGGACAACGACGGCUGCUGGAUGUUCUUCUGGAGUGGAAAUGGCACGGACAGCGGGGAAGGCGCUGGUUGCGUCAAGGACCCUACCACCGGAAACUGCGGCUGUCAGAACUCAGAUGGGACUUUCGUCCCUGACAGUAGCAACUGCGUAUAA